CUGACAUAAGCUACAAACCAGGACCGCCGCAGCUGUCAGGCGUAUAUUUAUCCCCUCACCGGCCGGCGUUGCUGCUUUUACUGCUCUUUUCACUUCGGGUAUAACUUAUUUGAAUUUGUUCGCUUGUUUUUCAUUUAUUCAUUUAUUUUUUGCGGGAUGUUAACAUGUUUUGAUUCACCGCGCAAGCGAUGAACGAAACGAAAGUAGAAGGGACCGGACCGACACCGGCGAAGAUUCUGUUGACUUCGGGCUGCCAAGCCCCUUUUGUCGGGCAGGUUGGAGGAUGGAGCUGAGGUUAAGCCGGGAUGGCAAGCCGUCCGUGUCCUGGUUCCUCCUCAGCCCAGCCCUUUUCUUCUCCCUUCUGGCCGUGCUAGUGAGCUGUCACGGUUCCUGCAAACACCGAGUCCCUUCUCCCAACGAGAUUGUCCACCAUGUUUACUUGAAGCCUGAGCGUUUGAUUAAGAGAAGCUCUCCAGAAGACCUUCAGCUGAAAAUAAAGAUCAUCUAUGACAGCAGUGUUGACCAACUUACUGCAGACAAAAGGAGACUUGUGAAGGAUAAGCUCUUUCCUCAGGCCAUCGCUUACCUGCAGAGGGCUUUCAGUGUCAGGCGCAGAGUGGGGCCUGUACUGCUCAGCAGACAAUGUGCAACCAACCAGUACAUGAGGAAGAGAGAUGACCCUCAUCGCUACUGCCAGGACGCCUGUGCAAACCUUACACGAUGUGGGCCCGUCAUUGUACCACAGCACCACCUGCAGCAAUGCAAGGUGUGCAGUGAGUCUGGGAAGUCAUGUGGCCCUACAGGGCCCCCAGAUGGGCCUGGAGUCGAAGGGUCCGAUUUUGUGCUGUACGUCAGCGGUGUCACCACAGAACGCUGUGGGCAGGAGAACAUAGUGGCCUAUGCUGCUUACUGCCAGCUGGAGGCGGAGCUGGAUAGACCUAUAGCAGGCUACGCCAACCUGUGCCCUGCUAUGAUCUCCUCUCAACCUCAGGAGUUUGAAGGGAUGCUGUCCACAGUCAAACAUGAAAUCAUCCACGCUCUGGGGUUUUCAGCCGGUCUGUUUGCUUUCUACCACGAUGAUGAGGGCAAACCUCUGACUCCUCGUUUUGCAAGCGGCCUGCCCGCCUUUAACGAGAGUCUGGGUCUGUACCAGUGGAGCGAUGCAGUUAUCAGAAGAGUCACCAGACUGUGGGACAUCAGAGGAGGCGUGAUGGUCCGACACCAAGUGCAUGUCCUUGUCACUCCUCGUGUUGUGGAGGAGGCGAGGAAACAUUUUAAUUGCCCCAUCCUGGAGGGGAUGGAGCUGGAGAACCAAGGAGGGACAGGAACCGAACUAAACCAUUGGGAAAAGAGACUCUUAGAGAAUGAGGCAAUGACGGGCUCCCACACUCAGAACCGAGUAUUUUCUCGGCUGACGCUGGCUAUCAUGGAGGACAGCGGAUGGUACCGCGCCAACUACAGCCUGGCUCAGAGGCUGGACUGGGGUCGUGGUCUCGGCUGCGACUUUGUCAUGAAGAGCUGCAAAUUCUGGAUGGACAAGCAGAGACAGAGAAGACACGCUGUAACUCCGUACUGUGACACAGUGCGAGCCUCUCCUCUGCAGCUCACCUGCAGACAGGAUCAGCUGGCUGUGGCUGUGUGCAACUUGCAAAAAUACCCACAAGAACUGCCACUUAAGUACCAGUAUUUUGAGCGGAUCCCUGACGUGGCUGCUGAUCAGCUGUCGUUCUUUGGGGGUGCUGUGGAGAUCGCGGACUACUGUCCAUUUAGUCAGGAGUUCAGCUGGCACCUCAGUGGAGAAUACCAGAGAAACUCCUACUGCAGAGUGUCUGAGAACCAGCCAGACUGGUGGAGAAAUUAUGGAGCAGAGCAGUAUGGACCAGACUCUGUGUGUCUGUACCAGAAAUCAGCCUUUGUGAUGGAGCAGUGCACUCGGAAGAUGACGUACCCUGACUGGGGCUCCGGAUGCUACAAGGUGUCGUGCUCAGCUCAGGGCCUCAUGGUGUUCGUUCAGGAUCGUUCCUUCCUCUGUGUCCGUAAAGGUCAGCUGCUGAGCAUCAGCGUACGCGUUAACGAGUGGGUUUACAACGGUGUCCUCAUCUGCCCCGCCUGCACCGACUUCUGUGAUGACUGCCCCCUACCCUACCAUCUCCCACCCAUCAACACCUCCAGGAGCAACCCAAUUGAUCCAUGCUCCAGUUCUCCAAGUUUGGCCACCACUCUGUGGCUCCUGCUGCUCAACCUGUUUCCUCUAGUGGCUGGACUGCUGCUCUGCCACUGCAGCUGAUAAAACACACACACACCAAACACACCAAGGUAGCUGAACAGUCCUCUAUACCAUAGUCACUUGAGGACUUGGACUGCAGAUGUUUUUCCUCUUUGUUUUACUCAUUACCUCCUCCUUCCUUCCCUUCCGCACUUGCGUUCCUUUCUUUGCCAUUCUCAGCCUGUUUUCUCCUUUUGUUCUGUGGCUGCAUCCUCAUGCAUCUCUCAGCACAGUCAGGUAUCCUUUUGCUGAAGGUCCAUUCAGUUGUCCCUCACCAGAUUUACAUGCACUUAAGUAAUCAGGUUAUAGCCAGCUUUCAUUUGAACAGGAUUCAUCUGACUGACACACACAGCCAAAACUCUGUCAGUUAUCAACAUGGAAAGCAGCUAAAUGGCAGCUAAUACUGUUAUUUGUGGGCGAAUUAUUGGCAAAAAGAGCAAGUUGGAUCGACAGGGACCAUUUUUAUGGCAGAGCAAUGGAACAUGAAAAAUAAGCAGUGUAAUUUGUCCUUUUCAGUGAGGCAGGGAUUACUCACAUUACAUAUACUCAGAAUGCACUAACACCACUUUUUUAUUAUCAAGACCAUGAUACAUAUAUGUACUUACAAUACACCUAUUAUUGUUGUUGUUGUUAAUAUUGUUAUUAUU